AUGAAGGCCCUGGAUGUGUGUUGUUGGUGCCGCUGUCUUUCUGAUCGGCUCUCCCUCUCAUUCCCUCAUUCCCUUCUCAUCCCUUCUCAUUCCCUUCUCAUCCCUUCUCAUUCCCUUCUCAUCCCCUUCUCAUCCCCUUCUCAUUCCCUUCUCAUCCCUUUCUCAUUCCCUUCUCAUUCCCUGCUCAUUCCCUUCUCAUCCCCUUUUCAUUCCCUUCUCAUCCCGUUUUCAUUCCCUUUUUAUUCCCUUCUCAUCCCCUGCUCAUCCCCUUCUCAUUCUCUUCUCAUCCCCUUCUCAUUCCCUUCUCAUUCCCUUCUCAUUCCUUUCUCAUUCAUUCUCAUUCCCCUCUCAUCCCCUUCUCAUCCCCUUCUCAUCCCCUUCUCAUUCCCUUAUCAUCCCCUUCUCAUUCCCUUCUCAUUCCCUUCUCAUUUCCUUCUCAUUUCCUUCUCAUUCCCUUCUCAUUCCCUUCUCAUCCUUCUCAUUUCCUUCUCAUUCCCUUCUCAUUCCCUUCCAUUCUCAUUCCCUUCACAUUCCUUUCGCAUUCCCUUCUCAUCCCCUUCUCAUCCCCUUCUCAUUCCCUUCUCAUUCCCUUCUCUCCCGCCUCGCGCUCCCCUCUCUUGCCCCUCGCUCAACCAGCGCCCUGCGCCCUGGUUCACAGUGCUGGUGGCGGCGUGGGUGCUGUGUGGGCUGGGCGUGGCAGCAUGGGUGCUCUACUGGAAGCACUCGCAGUACGAGGACUACCCUCCUAGCUUACCCCCUCUCCUCUCUCUCCUCUGUCUCAACCCCCUCCCAGCCCCUUGGUUCACAGUGCUCGUGGCAGCAUGGGUGCUGUGUGGGCUGGCCGUGGCAGCAUGGCUGCUCUACUGGAAGCACUCGCAGUAUGAGGAUCACAGGGAGGAGGCGCUGGGCGUGUGGUGCAAGGAGCGCGCCCUCAUGCUGCAGCAGCUCGUGCUCACCCAUGUGGGGCAGAUGCAGGCCGGAGUGGUGUCCAAUCCAUCAGCUCGUGCCCACUCAUGUUGUCAGGCAGACGCAGUGAUGGGCAGGCUGGGGCAGAGAGGCAAGUGGGAGCUGGACAGGUGUUUGAACGGCAGCUCGUGGGAAGCAUACCUCACGCGCACCGCCUAUGCUCGCCCCGGGAACACGGGGGCGUCUUCAUGCGUCUUUGUCACGGAUGAGGAGAGGGCUUCAUUUGAGCGACAACACGGUACCAUAAAAGAUAACAACAAGAACGUCAGUGCCCACCGCCCCAUCUACUGCCCCAAGAUCCUCGAUUUCUCCACAGUCGUGGUAUCGAAUGGCUCAUGGCACAUUGAUCUAAUGAAGCGCUUUUCCACGGAGAUUCCACUUGCUGUGGCGGGAAAAUCGCUCUACACCUGGCCGUAUCCCAUGAGUACUCCUACCGACCAUGCGGGAUUCGGCUUGGGUUUUCCUCUUCGGCGCACUGUCUCUCCGACCAAUGCAAGCACGGCAGCUGCAUCGACAGUGUAUGGCACGCUUGCUACAACUGUUGACGUGACUUCCAUCGCACAGAAGGUUCUAGAGGAGCUGUAUGCACCUGACUCGUCAAAAUCGUUUGAGAUGUACGAUGUUACAGACCCAUCGUCUCUCUUCGCCAUCGUCUCUCCAGUCCCACCGCACGUCUACUUCCGACCCAACGACCCUCGCCCCAACAUGCUUCCCUCUCCACUGUCCGAAACUCGCCCCUGGGAGGGACCGGCUGUAGUGCCUCUAGAAGAGCUGGGAGCAGGCGUACGCAAGUAUGAGGGUUGGUGCAGGUACACGCAGCCUCCCAACGCGUGGCAAUCGUGGGGCAUCCCCAUCCUCAUCGCCCUCUUCGCCCUCCUCCUCGUGCUGCUCGUGCUGCUGGCGGCAUGGAUCCAGCGAGCGCAGUUCUUCCAGACGCAGCAGCACAUGGCAGAGGCAGACAGGCUGAGGAAGGAAGCAGAGGACGCUGAGGCGUCAAAGAGCAUGUUCGUGGCGUGCAUGUCUCACGAGCUGAGGACACCGAUGACUGGGAUCAUCGGCAUGCUCCAUGCUCUAGCGGACAUGACUCUCCAACCCCUUGACCUAUCAGACCCAACUUGUCCAUACCACGUUCUCUUGGCACCAUGCUCCCUUCUUCCAUCAUCCCUCUCUCCCACUAGGCAUGCUCGUUGCUUUGGCAGAUGCUACGCACCGUCCUUCAUGCACCCCUCCCUCUCCCCCACUCCCCCACCAGGCAUGCUCGAUGCUUUGGCAGACAUGGCGCUCCAACCCCCUGACCUAUCAGACCUGCUCAUCGCGCGGGGGUGUGCGACGGAUACGCUGCAUCUGGUCAACCGCGUGUUGGAUCUGGCGAAGCUGGAGGCAGGAAGGGCGGUGGUGGAUGAGGCGGUGACCGAUGUGCGCCAGUGGCUGCAUGGCGCGUUGCACAGGCACGCAGAGGAGGCACGCUCGAAAGGGAUUGAAUGCAGGGCGGUGGGGGAUGAGAUGGUGGUUGACGUGAGGGAGUGGCUGCAUGCCGCCUUGGACCGGCACGUGGAGGCAGCACGCUCCAAAGGAAUCGAGUGUGAGUGGCUCUUUGAGAUUUCUUUCCAAACGCAAGCUUUGGUUGCCGGUGAUUGA